AGCAGCACUCCUCAGUCCAGGGCUCAACUGAUGUGCUGGGCUUGACAGUGAGUGAUGACGGUAGCAGGGGCAGUUGAGGCUUAGCUGUGUGGCUCACAGAAAAAUAUGCAAAUUGGAUGUCUCUGCUUUGGUAGCAGGUGCAGGCUCUUUAUUGAAGGGAGAGUUGCCUAAAAGGGAAGAGUGAUAUUUUGUGUGGAUUUUAUUCCGCUUCUCCUGACUGCUCCACCAUAUCUUAUCAUUAUGACCUGGAGGCACGGGGGACACUGGCACCUUUUACUUUUUCCUAUUUCUGAAAUCACUUCAAGAUGUAUGCUUAGUUUUGAAUGAAGUUUUGUUUGUUUUUGACUAUUUUUGGUCUCAGCUGAUUAUCUCAAGCUGAAUAUACACUUGACAUUAUUAUAGGGGCACCUUUGGACCCCAACUUGCAACCAACGUUUACUGACUUGGCUAUAGAAGUGAGAGGACAAUACCUGGAUUAUCCUAUAGUAAGUGACUCUGUAACUUGCCUUUGGGAAGCUGCAAGUGAAAAAGGGACUGGAGGCUGUCGGUUGGCUGCUGGCUGCAUUCCACCAGUUUGGCUGAAGACUGUAAGCAUCCUGACAACCUUCACUAGCUGGUAGGAUACACGCACAACGAGGGAAACAGCAGGACUUUACAUUCUGGGUCAGGAGGGAUUAGUAGAAGAAUGCUGGUCCCAGGUGCCAAACAGGAAGAUGGUGAUGCAUUGGCCGAGUGCUGCAGCUGUUAGAUGGUUGCUGUUGAUGCUCCUAUGGCAGUGGACAGUGCUGGGCCACCUCGGCUGGGUUCUGGCCCUGGCUGAGGGGCAGCAGAGUAAGAACCCCUCGCUCACUGCUGCCAGCACUGGACGCCAGAGAGGCAGCCAACUGGAUUGGCUGCUGUCCGAGAAGGGACCUUUCCACCGUUGUCCUGAAUACACAGAGUUCAAAGAACGCUUCCAGCAAGGCUUUUCCACACGCUAUAAGAUCUACAGGGAAUUCAGCCAUUGGAAAGUGAACAGCUUGGCUACAGAGAAGAGGGACGUUUUUAAGGCCCCCUUGCCGCUGGCGCCGGAAUUUCUACGCAACCUGAGGUUGCUGGGUCGAAGACCAAGUCUGCAGCAGAUCCACGAGAACUUGAUCAAGAAAUAUGGAACUCACUUUUUGGUGUCUGCUACGCUAGGAGGAGAAGAAUCGUUGAUAAUCUUCCUGGAUAAGCAGAAGCUCAGUAAGAAAUCGGAGGGACAGGGAAACAGCUCGGUGGUCUCCCUGGAAGUAUUGCAUCAGUUGGCUGCCUCUUAUUUCACAGACCGCGAGAGCACCUUGAGAAGACUUCACCACUUACAGAUAGCCACCUCCGCCAUAAAGGUAACAGAAACUAGGACCGGGCCCCUUGGAUGCAGUAACUAUGACAGCCUUGAUUCUGUUAGCUCUGUCUUGGUACACAGUCCUGAAAAUAAAAUACAUCUAAAAGGUUUACAGGAUGUCCUUCCAGAAUUCCUCCGGAACCGUUUUGUGGAGGCUGCUCUCAGCUAUGUGGCAUGCAACUCUGAGGGGGAGCUUUUGUGUCGUAACAAUGACUGCUGGUGCCGCUGCUCUGCCAAGUUCCCAGAUUGUAACUGCCCCUUUGCUGAUAUUAAAGUCAUGGAGGAAAAUCUGCACAAAAGCAAGGAAUCCUGGACCAACUUCAACACCGAAUUCAUGGAAUCAGAUGAAUUCAAGGCCUUCAUGAAAAAACUACCAACGGACCAUUUUUUAAACACAUCCUUGGUAUUCAAGUUUUGGGCAGCAGAUGCAGCUCUCCAGAAGCGCUACAGCCAAUUGGAGAGCAGCACCAAUUUGGUUCUUGGGAAAGCCCAGAAGAUUGUGAGGAAACUCUUCUCUCUGAGCAAGCGCUGUCCCAAACUGCCAAGGAUCAACCUCCCAAGAGAAAGGACAACAGGAUUUUGGCUGAACAGGGCCCAGUCACUCCUGUACUGCAAUGAGCAUGGAGUCCUGGGCAUGUUUUCAGAGGAGGUGCAAAGCUGCACCUGCACUGCAGAGCACAGUAGUGCCUGCCAGGGGACAGUACCCUGUGUGGUCGGAGAGGGGACAUCCUGCCUCUCAUGUGCCCCAGACAACAUCACACGCUGUGGCUCCUGCCACCUUGCCAACAUCCUGCACCUGGGCUCUUGUCGGCCCAACAUAGCAAACUCUCUGGACCACUACCUGAACAUUGACUUUGACAUGCCGGAUGCAGAGUUCAAGUACCUGCUCCAGCGGCUGGACAGUCGCAUGGAAGUCCACGCCAUCUACAUUAGCAAUGACGUGCGUCUGGGCAGCUGGUUCAACCCGGCCUGGAGGAAACGCAUGCUCCUCACUCUAAAGAGCAACAAAAACAAAUCCAAUCUCAUUCAUAUGCUAAUGGGAAUCUCAUUCCAGAUCUGCUCUACUAAAAACAGUACACUGGAGCCUGUGCCUGCCAUCUAUGUCAACCCAUUUGGGGGUAGCCACUCGGAGAGUUGGUUCAUGCCUAUCAACCAGCAGGACUUCCCAGACUGGGAAAGAACUAAAGUGGAUGCCUCUCUGCAGUGCUACAACUGGACAUUGAUGCUGGGCACCAAGUGGAAGUCCUUCUUCGAGACGGUGCACAUUUACCUGCGCAGCCGCAUCCUGACCGAUGACCCCACCGUCAACGAGACCCUUUUCUACGAACCCCUGGACCUGGACGACAACACAUCCAACCUGGGCUACAUGAAGAUCAACAGUCUCAAGGUGUUCGGCUACAGCAUGCACUUUGACCCCGAGGGCAUCAAAGACCUGAUUCUGCAGCUGGACUACCCGUACACGCAAGGCACCCAGGACGCAGCCUUUCAUAUGCUGCUGGAGAUGAGAGACCGCAUCAACCGGCUCUCCCCGCCUGGAUUGCAGCCAUUGGACCUCUUUUCAUGUCUGCUCCGCCACAGGCUCAAGCUCUCCACUAGUGAGGUGGUGCGCAUCCGAGACUCCCUCCAGAUUUUCAACUCCAAGCUGCCCAAUUCCUCGGAGGCAGAGCUGGGCCAGUUGUGCAGCUAGCUCAGUCUAAAUUAGAGUCCAGAGAGUGCUGUGCUGCGCUGCUGGUUACUCUUCAGUCAGUUGCCAAUUUAUCCAUCUGGUUUGGAAAACAUGUACAUAUAUUUCUCUGAGAUGUCUAGAGCAUUCCUAUACACUGGCUGACAGAGCUUGGAGUGUGUUGGCUCUGUUGGAUGUGGAGUGAUGUCAUGACAACAGAUUUUGCUUUGCACAGAUAGAUUUUUUAAUAUAAAGAGCGAGUAACUCUGAGUUUAGAAAAGGAUUGCUCUGGUUUGUUCAUCUGUUGGCAGGAAGUUGAGGAAACAGAAGAGGAUUUCCCUUUUCUAACCCUUUUCUCUUUGGUUACAGAACGAUUUCAUUUAAAAGCGGAAAUCUGAUGGGCUGAAUGAGUUGAUUAUGCUUAAAGGGAUAGUUCACCCAAAUUACAAAAUGACACAUUGUUUUCCUU